CUUUUCUGAAACUUGAAAUAAAUGCAUUUAUUCUGCUUUCUUGAAUCUAUGUUGCAUGUAUGAUCCUGGAUUCCAACCUGUAGAGGCAGAGGGUAUAAAAGAGCAGAAUAAAUUUUACAUGCUGAGUAGUUUUGCAUAAAACAAUCAAUACAUUUGAUGCAAGCAUUCAUUUCCCUGUUGGCUUUUGGGAAUCACAUAUUGUCCAAUCCAGUGAAAAUAAGCCAAGAUCUGGAAGUGGUGAUGUUUAAACAGAAAUUUAAACACAGCCAAAUAAACACAGUGGAUUUCAGAAGGAGGAGUUGCAGAAUCUCAGUUUAUAUAAUGUGCUUCAUUAUACAACCUGAUAUAAGAAUUUGCAUAAUUCCCACAGGUACCUUGCCAGUCAACCCAAGGGCUUUUGUUGUAACUUGUUGAUUUAUUUUAAAGCUGGUCUCAAAGGAAUUAUUUCACUCUUCACCUGUACUUAAUCUGGAAGUGUUGAAAUGACAGUAGCUGCCUCAGUUCCAUGAAGAAACUGAACUCUCCCUGUAAAAAGAGGUGAAUAAGAUGGCAUUCCCUUGUGGUCAUAUCCCACAUAAAUGUGAAAUAGGUCAGCCUGCCAUUGAGGAGGAUAUCAGGUGGACUGAAAACCCCAAGCAAUGAGAAAAGAUGAGGGAAACAAAGGUGAUCUUCCCCUGUUUAAAUUCAAGAAGCAUAUGAGGCCACAUGUAAAGUACUUGGUGGGAAUCAAACUUGGGAUUCGGGCAUCAGAAAUAUUCAAGUGGCAGAGCUAUUAGGAAAAGGCAGUGCUUUAAGAAUUAUUUCCUUUGCUUUUUAGGCUGCCUAGGAUAAGUUGGCUGCUUUCUUUCUUGCUUUCCCUUAUUCCCACAGCCUCUGCUGAUAAAAAUGACUGGGAGUGCCCAAGCCGCAUCACAACUAUGAAUUUCUCCCAUAUUUUCUCCUCCAUUACAUUCUUCAACCCUGUUCACUUACAUUUUCCCAUAUGGUGACUUUGGAAAAUUCCUCCCUGCAUAGAAAAGGACAGGAAAUUCUCUUUGGGAGAGAAGUUGCUUUUUUCCCCCCCCUUUCUCUCUCUCUCUCUCUCCCCCCUCCCUUUCUAGUUCUGCUGAUCACAUCUGGAAAGCCUCUGACUCGGGAAAGGGGGAAAGUGUUCGGCACUCGGCGUGUAUAAUUGACAUGGCAUGAGCAAACGGAGCCUUUGGUGGGGGGGACAAGAGAGACACUUUUUUCCAGACACUAUCCACAAAGUCGAGGUGAGUUGAUUUCUGCACUUUAACUUUGUAGUUGCCUGGUAGUUGGAGAUGGUAAACAGUGACUUGACUUUGCUGCAGCUCUUUGGAAAGUCAUUAUGAUCACACAAAUCUGCAUAACCUGAUAAUGCUGAGCAAGCAAUACAGGAAACAAUAAGAGGCACAGCAGAGGCCUGGUGGCGCCAGAGUCAUUGACAGUUUAUUUUCUGUGCAUGUCUGAUUGCUUCCUCCCCCCCACCCCACCCCAGGAGACAGGUUUCAAACAAUUCCUUACAUAUCCAAGCACUACCAGAGACAUCAUUCCUACCCACGGUGCUUUCCUGAUACAGGGAAUAUAAGGCUUGAUUGGUGGAGGUUCUGUUUUAGAGCUUGAGACAACUCCAAAAAGGUUGUACCCGUUAAACUAGUAACUUUAUACUGUGCUUGGUCGAGUGUCACAGGAUCUUAGCCAACCCUUGGUGAGGUCUUGGCAGAGGCUUGAAGUGAGGACAAGCUUUGAACGAGGCACGUUAUAUAAACUGAGCUUUUCAAAAAGCAAAACGCCUCAAGAUUUUCUCUGAACUAAGAAAGUAAUUGGAAUAACUUGCCUGGUUUUAUUACCUUCUUUGUGAAACCUAGCAGAUGUUUCUUUAUUCCAAGCAUGUCCCAGGGGUAGCAGAGCAGCUGUUGCUUCAAAGGAGGGGAAAAAUGAUGCCCAAAGCAUGAGUAUCUUGUUCCUUGCUGGCAGAGCCUGAAACAGUGCUUCUAAAAAAGCUGCUUUCAUCUUCUUAGUUUUUAAAAAUAUCUAGGUAACCCAUCAUGUUACAUACCUGUGUGUGUGUAUACUGUAUAUCUAUAUCUACACAUAUAUAUGAUGUAUAUACAUAUGUAUAUGUUCUAUAUAUAGGAUGUAUAUAUGUUUGUGCAUGUAGAGGAUAUAUGUGUGCGUUUGUGUGUGUGUGUGUGUGUGUGUGUUUGAGAGAUAAAGAGAUCAAAGAAAAAUACAGACACUCGGCACCCUUUAAGGCAUAUAAUAUUCCAGAAAUUUCACUGAUAGUGGAAGUCAUUUAAGGUUUGACGAUCGAAACUGGAGUGUGGACAACAAAUAGCUUGGACCAGUUUCUGAGGCUGAAGUCAGAAUUAAAUCCUAUGGAGGUCUCUGGAAAAACUAAUGUGGAACAUAAACUUAAAUAUCAGAAGGCUUGCAUGGUUUUGGGCAAUAAUAUUCUGUUUGAAACAAAAUAUUAUAUGCUUAUGAAUUUUGGCACUUGGUCAUUCACAAGCAUGACUUGGGAACACUUAUUUUUUAACAUUUAUUUUUCUGCCAUGACUUGGCCUUUAUCUUGUCUCCAGCCCCUGAGGGAAACUUCAGUCAUCCUUAACUAGAUCAGUAUUGAAGUAUUAUUUUCUCCUUCAUUCUGACUUCAUCCAAGGGCAACCUCAAGUGGAAAUGUACCUGAAGUUCCUAUUCCUGUUUCCUGUGCUGUGGCUAUUGGUACUUAACUUCAGCAGGAUUCAAGGCCGGAACAACGAAGACAGCAACGAGUUCUCAGAAAAUUUCCCUGAGCUACUCAAUCAGCAACAUAAUCCCUUGGCUCCAGAUUGUCCUAAAAAAUGCACUUGCAACUCAGAAGGGAUUGUGGAUUGUGGUGGAUUUUCACUGAAAGAAUUCCCCAUGGAUGUCCCAGAAAUGACAAGCCACCUUUCCUUACAGAACAACCAGAUAGAAAAAAUCAUUCCAGAACAGCUUGCACGUCUCCAUAGGCUAGAAACAUUGAAUUUGCAAAACAACAAACUCACAUCCAAAGGACUUCCAGAGAAUACAUUUGACCAGCUGGAGAAUCUGAAUUACCUGUACCUUGCAAAUAACCAGCUCACAACAGCUCCAAAGUUCCUUCCACGGACUUUGAUCAGUGUGGAUUUUGCCGCCAAUAAUCUCACUAAAAUUUACGAACUCACGUUUGGACAAAAAACAAACCUGAGAUCAGUCUACCUUCACAACAAUAAGCUUGAUGAUGCCGGAUUACCAGAAAGCAUGUUCAACGGUUCUGAUAACGUGGAGGUCUUGAUCAUGUCCAGCAACUUCUUAAAAUAUGUUCCAAAGAAUCUUCCACAAGCACUGUAUAAGCUACAUCUUAAGAAUAACAAAUUGGAGAAGAUUCCUGUAGGAGCUUUCAGUGAGCUGUCAGAACUUCGAGAGCUAUAUUUGCAGAACAAUAAAUUAACUAAUGAGGGAAUGGACAAUGAAACCUUCUGGAAACUCUCAAGCCUUGAGUACCUGGAUUUGUCUAGCAAUAAUCUUUCCCACAUCCCACCUGGUUUGCCUCGAAACAUUGUUCUUCUCCACUUAGAGAAGAAUGCAAUAAGAUCAAUUGGCAAUGAUGUCUUGAUCCAAAUCAAGAACCUGGAAUAUCUACUGCUUCACAAUAACAAACUGAAGGCCCGAGAGAUCCAUCCACUGGCUUUUCAUGGUCUGAAGAAAUUGCACACUGUUCAUUUAUAUAACAACCUGCUGGAAAAAAUCCCCAGUGGGCUGCCCAGACGAGUAAAAACUCUUAUGAUUCUCUACAACCAGAUUUCAGAAAUUGGCAGGGAGGAUUUUGCUACCACUUAUUUAAUGGAGGAACUAAACCUGAGUUACAAUAAGAUCACUAGCUCACAGAUUCAUCGGGAGUCUUUCCGUAAACUGAGGCUACUGAAGUCCUUGGAUCUUUCUGGCAAUAAACUCCGCACCAUGCCUUACGGCUUUCCCAAGAAUCUGCAAAGCCUGAAGUUAAAAAUGAAUUUGAUCAGCUCCAUUCCCAAGGGCACACUAUCUGGAAUGUCAAAGCUACGGGAGCUGUAUCUGAGUGCCAACAAAUUGAAAGUCAGUUUAAUUCACAGUGGAUCAUGGAGAGAUCUCACCAGUCUUAAGAUACUAGACAUGGCUGCCAAUCAUCUGACUUCUAUUCCAUCUGGUUUACCAGAAUCUCUUGAAUAUCUGUAUCUUCAGAGCAACAAGAUCAGUACUGUGCCAGAGGAUGCCUUUGACUCCACCCCCAAUAUAAAGGGAAUUUAUCUCAGGUUUAACAAGAUUGCAUUCAGUGCUGUGAAAGAAAGCACCUUCCAAAGACUGAAGCAUCUGCAAGUGCUGGACAUUGAAGGAAACUUUGAAUUUAGUGACCCUUUGAAAAAUGAGGAUCAUUCAGAUGAGGAAAUGGAAGAAGAGGACUAAUGGGAAGUGGAGUUAAAAUGAAAACAAAUAUUUACUGACCCAAACGUAUCACAUGGUAGAAGGUUAAGUUAAAUGCUUUUCUAAGGACACACCUAAAUUAUCUCAUUUACUCAACCCACACUUCUGUGACAAAAACAAAGCUCUUUAUGGCCCUAUCCCAUGAGUGGCUAAGUUAGCAAAUAAACAUAUAGUUCACAAGUCUACAACAUCAAAAUUGGUAACAUCACAGAUGACCAAGUGAGAGGAAUAGUAUAUCUGCAUUGGCACAGCAGUGUCACAUCCAUCAUGGCUUUCAGGUACAUCACACCAUAGGUUGAUUCUGCACUGACCAGUUCUGGAUUUUGUGGCUCAGAUAUAUUGUAUUUACUUGAUAGGAAGGCAAAGUGUGCUUUUUUUCAUCCAAAUAAUUACCUGUAUUGGAAGGGAGGAUGUCUUAGCAUUGACUGAGAGUAAAGGAGGCUCACCUUUAAAAAUAACUCCUCAUCUAUCUGAAAAAUUUGGUGACAUCACCAUCUCAUUACCUGUGACCCACAAGGUGGUUAGCAAGAUGAGUUGUAGCUUCCCAGGCUGAAAAAUGCUGCCCCAGUCUAAAGGCCCAGAAAGUCUCUAGAACUUUUUUAAAGAAUCAUAUCAAUGACUGAACUGCAGAAAUGGGCAACCAGUGGGCCUCCCUAUUCUGCUGAAUUAAAAUACUGUAUCACUCACCAUCUGCAAUCUUAGUUAAGGCACUAGAAAUUGAAGUUUGGUGCCAUCUGGAGAGCCAUGUUGACCAUUCUUGCUUUAGCUGUAAAAUGGUUAAAUAUAUAAGUUACUUUGACUAUGUGCAUUUCAGAGUAUUAUUCACUCUGAGUCACUGGGUAGAUCAGGCUUUAUAAAAUUUAAACAGAUUACUAGCAUGAUCAGCUUUUAAGUGGCUGUCUCCUAUUUGCAACUUGAAUCUGUUGUUGGCUGAUUGCAUUUUGAAUGGUAGCCACUGAUAUUAUGGAUUGGGAUAAAAAUGAAACAAACUAUUUCCUCCCUACAGAUUUAUAGCAUUGCUGGAGUGACAAAUCAUUAAUAAAAUGCUGUAAGUCAGUAGUGAGCAAAUGGACAAAUAAAUUUUAGGGUGAGAUAAAAUGUAAUGAUUACAUAAAUAACAUUCUGAUUUCAUAUUCAUCAGGAACUAAUUCAGCAAAAUGGAGUGUCUCCUUGGAUUGUCUAUCUGUCUCAGUCUGUUUCUCCCUGAUGGUCCAUAAAGAUACAGAGCACUUAACAGGAAAUGCAGUGAAUCCCAUGAAAGUAUUCAGCCUUUCUGAUCUUUUGCCAAGCUAAGCCAAGACAGUCUGCUAAUAUCAGGGCAGUGAGGUGACCCUCCUCAAGUCUUACUAUUUCUACUUCAUUUUUUGAAGUGCUUCUUGGGUAAUCAAGGAAUUUUGUGAGAAUUUACAAAAGCUGGCUUUUGUUUACUUCAAAUCCCCCCACAACUUCCAUCAUUUUCACUUAUUAAUAAAAGUUAGACUCUUUAGCCUCAAUGCAAGGUUACUGGGUCAAUGCAUUUCACUGAACAGCUACACUCAGUCAUGGAAGGAGGGAGAUCAUCUCCUGUGGCUUCACUGUAAGUCCCAUGUGAGGUAUCUCAGCCAUCAAAUGGCAACCAGGUCAACAUUGCCACAUUGGACGCCUGCUCAGUAUGUAUAUAUUUGGAUUUUAAAAAAGGAAUUAUAUUAUGGCUGGAUCCCAUUUUUUUAAUUUAUCCCCAUUCCCAAAGCCAGAAAUAUGCCUCCAUCUGAAGAUUUAAAAUACCAAAUUAUUCUGUUUUGUGAAAAUUAAAAUAUAUGUUUGCCUUUGAA